AUGACUUCUUCCAGUCCCGACCAGCGGCUGGAUCAUCUCCUGAGCGCCGUGGAGAGCGAAUUUCAAAAGGGCAGCGAGAAAGGCGACGCGUCCGAGCGGGAUAUUAAACUUUCCCUGGAGGAUGCGGAAUUGUGGACCAAAUUUAAAGAGCUCACCAAUGAAAUGAUUGUCACCAAAACUGGAAGACGAAUGUUCCCCGUGCUCAGAGCCAGUGUCACCGGUCUGGACCCGAACGCAAUGUACUCGGUCCUGCUGGACUUUGUGGCCGCAGAUAAUAACCGGUGGAAAUACGUGAACGGCGAAUGGGUUCCGGGCGGGAAACCCGAACCUCAGAGCCCGAGCUGCGUCUACAUUCACCCAGACUCACCCAACUUCGGCGCGCACUGGAUGAAAGCGCCCGUCUCCUUCAGCAAAGUCAAACUCUCCAACAAACUCAAUGGGGGAGGACAGAUUAUGCUGAACUCUUUGCACAAAUAUGAACCCAGGAUUCACAUCGUGAAAGUCGGAGGGAUUCAGAAAAUGAUCAGCAGUCAGUCUUUUCCUGAGACCCAAUUUAUUGCAGUCACAGCUUAUCAGAAUGAAGAGAUCACAGCUCUGAAGAUCAAGCACAACCCCUUUGCCAAAGCUUUCCUGGAUGCCAAAGAGAGAAGUGACCACAAGGACAUCCCAGACCACAGCACUGACAAUCAGCAAUCUGGAUACUCACAACUUGGUGGCUGGUUUUUACCCAGUAAUGGCCCUAUGGGCCCCAGCAGCAGCCCUCCUCAGUUCAGUGGGGCCCCUGUGCACACCUCUGGGUCCUACUGCGAGCGAUACUCCAGCCUAAGGAAUCACAGAGCUGCUCCCUACCCAGGCCAUUACCCACACCGCAGCACUACAACCAAUAACUACAUGGACAACUCUUCAGGAAGUCUUGCUUCACAUGAUAGCUGGUCAGCUUUGCAGAUACCCAACUCUAGUGGGAUAGGCACCCUGGCCCACACCACCAACACUACCUCCAACACCAGCCAGUACCCAAGUUUGUGGUCUGUGGCCGGUACGACCCUCGCCCCUUCUGGUUCAGCAUCAGGGUCCAUCACAGGUGGCCUGACGUCUCAGUUCCUGCGUGGUUCCUCUGUGUCCUACUCUGGGCUGACCUCCUCUCUGCCCGUGUCCUCUCCCUCCUCCAUGUACGAUCCAAGCUUGAGCGAGGUUGGAAUUGGAGAUGCCCAGUUUGAGAGCUCCAUCGCCAGACUUACAGCUUCCUGGGCUCCUGUUGCACAAAGCUACUGA